UUUAAUGAGGAUAGACGCAUAAUUUUUGUCGUACGCACUUCUUCAAUAAUUUUUUUAAAUUAAUUUAUUAAUUUAACAAAUUUAUGACGGUGAUUAAAUUUUUGACGAAGUGAUUAAGCAAAUUAUCAUGAGAUAAGAUCAAAAUCAAAGUACGUCAAACAAUUCACAAUAAUAAAGGAGUUGAAACAAGAAAAUUCUGCAAGCCGGUUAGAGCUAGAAUAGGAGACUGUCAACAACGUAUACGACAAUAAUACUAUGCCAAUGAAAGAAUUACUUCACCGUCUUCAGCCAAUACAGGUCUAUAUUGUGCUAGCUUUAAGUGUCUGUUAUUUCUUAGUACAAUUCUAUAUCAGCCAAACGUCACAGUCAAUUACAUUAUUAGUGCAGACUUAUCAUAUGCUAUGUAACAUAAUAGCACUAAGUGGAUGUAUCAUUAGCAUUAAGGGCGACAGUAGCCGUAACAAGCGGUCGUCGGUGUCAUCAAACGAGUCAAUUGAGGAGCUCAAAGAAGAUGUGAAGCAAAAAGAAAUUGUGAAUAAGCACAUGAGCGAGAAAAAGAAGCAGAAUCGCGAGAGUUCGCUCAAAAAUACAUUUGGAUGGGCGAGAGUCGAUGUGCUGACUAUGAUUAUUGUUUGUGUAUUUUUAACAUCAUUAUGCUUCUCUGUUGUUGUUGAAGUCAUUCAGACAUUAUUUCAUGUGGGUCAUCAUGACCAUCUUGACCAUAAAGACGAGUAUCACUCCUAUACUUAUGAGAUUUGCAUUAUCCUCGGGGCAUUAGGAUUAGUUUUGAAUGGAAUCAGUUAUUUAUUAAUUGGUGGCUAUACAUUUCAUCAAGGCAGCUUCUUACACCUCACAGAAGACGGCACAGUUUUCGUUCUCGAGCGAAAUAUCAGCGAGAAGCGACAAGUCUCGACGGAGGAAAAAUUAAAAAGGAAAUCUCAACGCAUUCAUGAAUUGUCAAGAGAUGUUUGCAGCUCAGUAAUGGUUAUUAUCUGUUCUAUUGUGAUUGUUGUUUGCAAUGAUAAGGAAUCAUUUGAGACACAAUUCAUUGAUCCGUUUUUUGCGAUAUUGUCAAUCGUGCUUUUAUUGACUUUAAGUUACCCUUACAUGAAGGAAGCUGGAAUGAUUCUUCUGCAGACGAUACCCAAUACGAUAGACAUUAAGGAACUACAUAAUAAAAUUCUAGCGAAAUUCCCACAAAUUGAUUCACUUCACGACUUUCAUAUCUGGCAAUUAACACAUGCGAAAUUCGUCGCUACAGUUCACAUGAUUUUCCACGAUCCAUCAGUCUUUAACGAGUGCAUUAACGACAUCAUAAAUUUCUUUCACGAACAUGACAUAAAUAUUGUCACAAUUCAGCCAGAGUUUAAGACACUCGAUUGCAUUGAGCAAGGCUUUAGCGAGUCAAAAUUAUCCACUGAAGAAGAAUCAGCUUUGUGUUUGGUAGCGUGUCGUCAAAUCACGUGCGAGGAAAAGCUUUGUUGUCAAAGACGGUCAUCGACAUGCUCGUCAGAAUCAUUGAGUAAUAAGUCAAAAGGAAAUUCGCAAGUUCUUGAACAAGUCAUUUCAAUUCGAAAUGUUAGUGGAGAGGAACUUAAUAUUGUUAAUCAGGAAUUUACGUCAAUUAAGACACUAAGUGGAAUAUCAGAAGAUUCCACAGACUUUGCCGAGUCUUCAAAGAGAUUAUCGUCAUCACUUUCAAUUCCACAGCGUUAUAGAAAAAUACAAAAAACUGUGUCAGUAAGUGACAGAAAUAAUCACGAUUUACCAGCAAAUUCUGAUUCUCGUGAUAUUCAUCUUGUGAGUUUCAAGCGAGUUGUGAGUGAGUCGAUGAUAAAAAGUGAUGAGCACGACGAAAUGGGAAGAAAGCCGAGUGAAAUUUUCGUCGAGAAUCGACUAUUAAGUCAAGUCCACACAACUGAUAAUAACGAAACCGAAGAUUUGUACACUAAAACAGAAUGUGAUUCAAAAUAAUAACUUUUUUUAAUAACUCUUUUUUAUGUUGCCAUAAAAUUACUAGUUUUAAGGAAAUAAUGACGAUCAAAAAAAUGAUUUUUUUAAGUUUAAAAUAUGUUAGACUGUAAUUUAAAGAUUAUUUUUAAAAAAU